GCACAAAUAAGUAGAAAGGGGUAGUUUAUAAAGGACAUGAGCACAAAGAUGAAGAAGGGGAUCCUGAGGCCCUUCCGCUACUUCUCAAACAUAAUGGAUGCUAAGGAACAAGAAUUGCAAAUUGGUUUCCCAACGGAUGUGAAACAUGUGGCGCAUAUCGGAUGGGAUGGACCUAGUGUCCCAAACAAGGAGAAGGAGGCAGGAGCACCUAGUUGGAUGAAAGACUACCACUCAGCACCACUGGAUUCAGCCUCGUUUAGGAGUGACAGGGGAGGUUCUGCUGCUUCUAACCCAUGGGCUUCUCAAGAAAUAGUUCUAGAUGGAGCGGGCCUGGGAGAUACCUCUUUUGGGGAUACUAAAAGUGAAGCCGGUGGAAUCGAUGUCACUGUUGGUGACUCCCCUCCAUCCCCGGGCUCCCGCCGGUCAAGGCGAAACCGCUCCCGGGGUUCUGACACCUCCUCUAUGGAUGUCACAACAGGAAGUACUGAGAUCUUGGAGAAGAAGGAGAAGGCCAAGAAAGGCACCCGAAAGAAUAGAAAGAAAGAUAAGGACAAGGCAGCUGAGGACAGUGCCGGUUCCACCUGUCAGGACCUCCCCGCGGUGCCCAAGAAGUCCAACCGCAGAAAAAACAAAGGUAGCUCCGAAGGAAGUGGCGGUGCAUCGACCAAGGAUGGUGGAGGUGCACCAGAGGUGGGCACAAUACCGCUAACUCUGGUGGCCGAUGAAGAAAAGGAUCACGAAUUGUAAACUGCUGACAGGCAAGCUGCCCUUGUUUGGAGAUGAAAGCGUAUGCUCGUUACGAGCUAGAGUACUUUGAGUUUAAUUGGUUGGAUCAAGUGGUGGUUGAUAUAAAAUAAAGUACUCAAAUCGGAUGACACAAGCAUGCAGGUGUUGAAGGUUACAUGCUGUUUUAGCAUUAACAGGAAUGGGUUUGCACACCCUAACACAACUCUUUUCCUCUAUUUUCUUUGUAAUACUGAUCAUUUUUAAAACCCAUUGUCCUGUUCCAGAUAUAUAUAUAUAUGAUGUGUAUUGCGUCUGA